UUCUCUAUCCUUUUUCUCUCCAUCCUCCGGCACCAGCCAUGAGAGAUCGUCGUGGCGGCGGUCCCAUAAGGGGCCGUCUUUUGCCACAUUUAUUCAUCGGAGUGGCUUUAGCGACCCUUUUCACCAUUUCAGUAUCUGCUGAUCCUUACUUGUAUUCUUCCCCACCUCCUCCUUACGAAUACAAGUCACCGCCUCCCCCAUCUCCAUCGCCGCCGCCGCCGUAUCUCUACAAAUCGCCACCUCCUCCUUCUCCCUCACCUCCACCGCCUUACGUCUAUAAAUCCCCUCCACCACCGUCUCCUUCACCUCCACCGCCUUACGUGUACAAAUCUCCCCCGCCACCAUCUCCGUCACCUCCACCGCCUUACGUGUACAAGUCACCACCACCGCCUUCACCGUCUCCUCCACCACCGUACUACUACAAGUCCCCGCCACCGCCUUCCCCUUCACCUCCUCCUCCAUACUAUUACAAAUCCCCUCCUCCACCGUCUCCAUCUCCACCGCCACCCUAUUAUUAUAAAUCACCACCACCCCCCUCCCCAUCACCGCCUCCUCCAUACUACUACAAAUCACCUCCUCCUCCAUCACCGUCUCCACCACCACCUUAUUAUUACAAAUCCCCACCGCCACCAUCACCUUCACCUCCUCCUCCAUACUAUUACAAAUCACCACCACCGCCAUCCCCGUCUCCUCCGCCGCCAUACUACUACAAGUCACCACCUCCUCCAUCCCCGUCUCCUCCGCCGCCAUACUACUACAAGUCACCACCUCCUCCAUCCCCGUCUCCUCCACCUCCUUACUACUAUAAGUCUCCACCACCACCCUCUCCAUCACCGCCUCCUCCAUACUACUACAAAUCUCCUCCUCCCCCAUCCCCAUCACCGCCUCCUCCAUACUACUACAAAUCUCCUCCUCCCCCAUCUCCAUCUCCUCCUCCACCAUACUAUUACAAGUCACCACCUCCUCCAUCCCCAUCUCCUCCACCGCCAUACUACUACAAGUCCCCACCUCCUCCAUCUCCGUCUCCUCCACCGCCAUACUACUACAAGUCACCACCUCCUCCAUCUCCGUCUCCUCCACCGCCAUACUACUACAAGUCACCACCUCCUCCAUCCCCAUCUCCACCGCCUCCCUACUAUUACAAAUCCCCUCCACCGCCAUCACCUUCUCCACCACCUCCCUACUAUUACAAAUCCCCACCACCGCCAUCACCUUCUCCACCACCUCCCUACUAUUACAAAUCACCGCCACCACCUUCACCAACUUACAUUUAUAAGUCACCUCCUCCACCAUCUCCUUACUACUAUAAGUCUCCACCACCACCAGCUUACUAUCCUCCUCACCCUAAUCACCCAUUGGUUGUGAAGGUGGUCGGGAAAGUCUACUGCUACAGGUGUUAUGAUUGGACAUAUCCUAAGAAGUCUCAUGACAAGAAACAUCUUAAAGGUGCUGUUGUGGAAGUUACCUGUACAAUUGGCAAAAAGGAAAUUGUAGCUUAUGGUAAAACCAAGAUCAACGGAAAGUUCGCAAUAACCGUUGAUGGCUUUAAUUACAAUAAAUAUGGAGCCGAGGCAUGUAAGGCCAAACUCCACGCCGCACCUAAGGGCUCAGCAUGCAACAUCCCGACUAACCUCCACUGGGGAAAGACAGGUGCCAAGUUGAAGGUUAAGUCCAAAACCGGAUAUGAAGUGGUGCUCUCUGCCAAGCCAUUUGCUUAUGCCCCAAAGACUCCUUACAAGGAAUGUGAAAAGCCUAAACCUAAGCCACCAACUCCUACACCAUACUAUUACAAAUCACCACCUCCACCUCCUCCGGUCUACUAUUACAAAUCACCACCACCACCUCCAACUUAUGCUUAUAAAUCACCUCCACCACCUUAUUAUUAUAAGUCACCACCCCCACCCGUGAAAUCUCCUCCUCCACCAUACUACUAUAAGUCUCCCCCACCGCCAUCACCAUCUCCACCACCACCGUACUACUACAAGUCUCCCCCACCGCCAUCACCAUCUCCACCACCACCGUACUACUACAAAUCUCCCCCACCACCAUCACCAUCUCCUCCACCCCCAUAUUAUUACAAAUCUCCUCCACCACCAUCACCAUCUCCACCACCACCCUACUAUUACAAAUCUCCACCACCACCAUCCCCAUCUCCACCACCACCGUACUAUUACAAGUCUCCCCCACCACCAUCGCCAUCUCCUCCACCACCAUACUAUUACAAAUCUCCCCCACCACCAUCGCCAUCUCCUCCACCACCAUACUACUACAAGUCACCUCCUCCUCCAUCCCCAUCUCCACCCCCACCAUACUACUACAAAUCUCCUCCACCACCAUCGCCAUCUCCUCCACCACCAUACUAUUACAAGUCUCCACCACCACCAUCGCCAUCUCCUCCACCACCAUACUAUUACAAGUCUCCACCACCACCAUCGCCAUCUCCUCCACCACCAUACUAUUACAAGUCUCCCCCACCACCAUCGCCAUCUCCUCCACCACCAUACUACUACAAGUCACCUCCUCCUCCAUCCCCAUCUCCACCCCCACCAUACUACUACAAAUCUCCUCCACCACCAUCCCCAUCCCCAUCCCCACCCCCACCAUACUACUACAAAUCUCCACCACCACCAUCGCCAUCUCCACCACCCCCAUACUACUACAAGUCACCUCCUCCACCAUCCCCAUCUCCACCUCCACCAUACUACUACAAGUCUCCUCCUCCACCAUCGCCAUCUCCUCCACCACCCUAUUAUUACAAGUCUCCCCCACCACCAUCGCCAUCUCCUCCACCACCAUACUACUACAAGUCACCUCCUCCUCCAUCCCCAUCUCCACCCCCACCAUACUACUACAAAUCACCCCCACCACCAUCGCCAUCGCCUCCACCACCAUACUACUACAAAUCUCCUCCUCCACCAUCCCCAUCACCACCACCUCCAUACUAUUACAAAUCACCCCCUCCACCAUCCCCAUCCCCACCACCUCCUUACUACUACAAAUCUCCCCCACCACCAUCGCCUUCUCCUCCACCUCCAUACUAUUACAAAUCUCCCCCACCACCAUCGCCAUCUCCUCCACCUCCUUACUACUACAAAUCUCCCCCACCACCAUCGCCAUCUCCUCCACCUCCUUACUACUACAAAUCUCCCCCACCUCCAUCGCCAUCUCCUCCACCUCCUUACUACUACAAAUCACCCCCACCUCCAUCGCCAUCUCCUCCUCCACCCUACUAUUACAAAUCUCCACCACCACCAUCGCCAUCUCCCCCACCACCCUAUUACUACAAAUCUCCCCCACCACCAUCCCCAUCUCCUCCACCACCUUAUUACUACAAAUCUCCCCCACCACCAUCCCCGUCUCCGCCACCUCCCUACUACUACAAAUCUCCUCCUCCUCCAUCACCAUCACCUCCUCCCCCGUACUACUAUUCUUCCCCACCACCACCUUUGAAGUCUCCCCCUCCACCGGUUUACCUAUAUGGUUCUCCACCACCCCCAUAUCAUUAUUAAGUAUAGAUUCUUCAACUCAUGUUCAAUUUGUUGAUCACAAAGCAACAAGAAUAAAAGAAGGCUCUGUGAAGGGAAUGUUCAAAUAUGGAGAAAUAAAAUUAGGUUCUCUCAAUAAGGUCCUAGUCAAUUUAUAUGUGAAACUUAGUACUUUUAGUUUGGACCAAUUUGCUCCUACUUCUGUGGUGACAAUGUUGCACAUUGUGCUCAUAUUAUUGAUGAAGCGGAAGAAGGA